UCUCUCUCUCUCUCUCUCUCUCUGCGGAGCUUCACCCGAGAUCACACCGGGUUUACCUAGUGGGGGCGCGCACUAGGGACGUAGAUACACGCAUACGGACGACGGAGGCCGGCUGGCGAUGAUGGACCAUACGACGGCAGGAGCAGCGGCGAGGCAGGUCAGCGCGAGGGUGCUUGGCGAGAUCGAGGAGACCAGCUUGGAAGAGCUCCUCGACUCCCUCCGCCUCCAACUCGCCGGUCCCUCGCCAAAUCCUGGCAUCCGCCCACACAUACCCAUCCCGGCGCUUGCCAGCCUAGCGGGCCGCUACCACCGGGCCACCCAGUCCGCCCCGCCGCCGGUCCUCUCCGUGAGCGGCCGCUACCUCCCGCUGCUGUACCACCUGGUAUCGACCCUGAUCGCCGAGCCGCACGGCUACGCUAUCGCCGUCGUCGAUACCGAGGGUCGCUUUGAUGUUACCCGCCUAAUCGCCUCUCACCACCUACCUGUUACCGCCGUCACCACCGCCGCCGCCGCCGCUGGCGGUAGUGGUGGUAGUGGUGAUAGUACUAAUACGAGCACCAGCUAUCCCGCGCUGCCCCCGGACCUGCGCCACGUCUACGUGUAUCGCCCACCGCAGGGCCAAGAGCAUGUCCGGGCCGCUGUGGCCGCGGCCAGCGAGUGGAUGGUGUACGGGGCGCACGGGAGCCGCGCACGCGAGUGGUGGGGCACCGUCGUGAUCGGCGGCGGUUCUAAUGCCCCUGGUGCGGGUGCGAGUGCAGGUGCCAAUGCCAGCGGUGCUGUUGCUGGCGCCGGCAUCGCCAGCAGGGGCGACGUGUACGCCGACUGGAAGGGCUGGCUCCGUGUCGAGCGCGAAGAGGUCCCCGGCUUCCCCCCCGGAAUCAGCAUUGAGGAAGCCCUGCGCGACAGGGAGCGCCGGCAGCGGGUCGUCGAUGCGGCCGGCUGGGUGGCGAGCUCCCAGGUCGGGAGUUACGCGUGGAAAGAUAUUUAGGUAGACCAUGCACACGGAGUCAGGGCCGGCCUAGACACAGCAUAGUCAACCAAUGCGGGCAAUAUAACUUGUUCGUGGUGACCGGCUUAAACGGUGGCGGCACAGAUACAAAUAUGAUAGAUAACAUUAGCCCAUGCAAAUCACCGCAGAAUAGUCACUACCUAGAACCAAAUAUUUCUAAAGAGCGACGGACAUCACCCAUCAGUAGUCGGGGACAAAAUCCACCAUAUUCAUUGAGAUAUGCCCAAGCUGCCAUAUAGAGGACUAGACAGGAUUGAGGCGGGUUGUGAGGAUGGGUGGUAGAGGUUGU